UUGAUGACGCUUGCCAUCGGGAGACAUUUGGACAGCCUAUGUAACCCAUAUACCGAGCAACAAAUGGUGCGUGUGCGCCGCAGAUGUGAUGCUGGAGUUAGGAGGAUGUUUCCGCCGACUGUGUGGCUGUAACGCUGUGCUGCAGACCCUGCUGCAGGAGGACGAGCCGCGCGGUAUCAUCUGUUGAUCGGAUCGGACACAAUUAAAGCGCAUUAUCAUGAGCCGCCGCGGUCCGACUUACAGGUGAAAUUUGAGGAGAGUGAAAUGAUUCCAAAGUCAGGAAAAUCUCCAGCAGACUCACGGAAAAGUGUCAGCAUCCAUGAGUUUGCAGCACUUGCCAGAUCCUCCUUAAACGGUAUUUCGCAGGCAGUGAGGGACCAUGUGACAAAGCCCACCUCCCUGGCUCAGGGCCGGGUCGCCCACCUCAUAGAGUGGAAAGGUUGGCCCAAACCAGCGGGCCCUUCGCCGGCUGCCCACUCCCACUUCAGCUCCUACUGCCAUCUGACCGAAGGAGAGAAGGAGGCCCGGUUUGCUGCAGGAGUGGCUGAGCAGUUUGCCAUCGCAGAGGCUAAGCUGCGUGCCUGGGCGUCUAUCGACGAUGAUGACGAGGAGGAAGACUCCAACGAUGAAGACACCCACAACAAUGGACAGACUCACACCUUCUCCAACCAGAGCUCAGACGACGCCACGUCCAAUACUAUCACCGGAGCGCCACGCCAGCCUGAGGUGGACGGCGGUGAGGCGCCACCCUCCUCCGAUAGUCCCCUGGGCUCCAGCAGCAGCAGCAGCAGCAGCAGCCUGCUCUGUGGUAGGCCUGCAUCUCACAAUGACCCACAUUCAUCCCAGACCAAUUCACCUACUUUACCAAGCGACUGCAUGAGUCCAUUCCUGGAGGAAGAGGAGGAGGAGGAGGAGGAGGAAGAGAGGCUGGGCAGUCAUGAGGAGCAGCCGGCUCCUUUGCAGGAGCAGCACAGCGAGGUCUGCAUCCACCACAAGCCUGAGUGGAGGCCUCGGGGCCGGAGCAGCAGGUUCGACUCCUGCUACUCCACCUCUCACUCCGAGUCCCCCGGAGAGGAGGACGAGGAGGACGAGGAGGAGGAAGGCAGCGUGUUUCAUGAUGGCCGAGUGUGGCACUGCAGCCCGAGGAGCUUCUUCUCUGAUCGCGCUUCUUCUGGAGUGGCCUCAUUCGAUGAGGAGGAGGAGAGGGAUGAAGAAGAGGAGAAGAAGGAGGAGAAAGAGUAUUUGAUGUGAUGUAUUGUCCAUCUUUAUGUCUCUUUGAGUCCGUGUUGAUUCUGGAUAUGACAUAAUCUAUUCUGCUUUCACUGUAAACCUCUCUCCACCUCCUCCUCCUCCUCUCCUGUCCUUCCUCUGAUCAUGUCUCCUCCACUCGCUGCCUUCUGUCUCAUCCUCCAGGCCUUCCAUGUACUGAUCUCCCUCCACCGUUGAUCGCUGCUGUAAACAGUAUAUAUAUAUAUAUUAUAUAUAUUAUAUAUAUACACAUAUAUAUGUAUAUAUAUAUAUUAUAUAUAUUGGAGAGUUCAACCAGAAUGUAAAGCUGUUGUUCAAACUGAGUUUUGUACAUUUUUUUUGUCAUGUGAGUCAUGUGUUGCUAUUGCGUUGGUUUUCUAUGGAUAUUUUGUAGUGUUGUUUUAUUCGGGGUCAUGCUGUGUCAUGUGGGGUAGGGCUAUGUUUGAUACUGAAUGUCUGAGUGUCCUACGUAUAUAAAUACGAUUUUUUUUUAAAGAAAAGUCUUUGUCCUUUUUUUCCCCUCCACACAAACACAAACUACACACACGAGGAAGAAACACAAUUUCUCAUCUUUUAAAGGUGUUUUUUUUUUUUCCCCUUUCAAUUUAAUCAUUCACUCAUGUACAAAAACAAUUUCAUGUUCUCUGAAAAAUAACAAUGGCUGUUGGAUUUCAAAUGCAUAAUUCUCCUAUGUACAGAGCGUGUACAUAGAUCUCAUCCGUGUAUUUUCAUAUGUACAAAGCAUAUACAGGCCAGUGCCAUAUAAAGGGAGAUACUACAGACUUAUUGCUUAACUAGAUACGCUGCAAAUUAGCUUAUACACUCUACAUUUAACUCCUUAUACGUUAUCUUAUAUGGCGAGCACUACUACACAUUCUAUAUGCAAACAAAAAGUUGAGACGUUAAUAAAUUGUUGCACAAAUGUUUACACAGACAAAAAUGAGCCCGAAUUGGUGCGCUGCUGUGAUAUCACAUAAGAUUGAAAUAUGGCUCAAAAUUGUUGCAUGAAGCUAAAAUACUUACACCCAUUUGAAGGUCGUAACAAGGACUCACACGCACACACUUUGCUCUACAACAGUUUUUGGACUUGUGGGUUUAUCACUGUGCUUCAUACAGUGGUUACACUUCUCAACAUUGUAUUGGAGGCCAGGCUGGAUUAAAUGUACUCUGUCAUAAAGAUAUGUGUAACAUAUCAAGGUGUAAAUAUCUACAGGCCGCAUACAGUGCAUGUGUGUGUGUGUGUGUAUAAGUGUGUGUGUGUGUAAGUGUGUGUGUGUGUGUGUGUGUGUGUUUUGUGUGCUCUGUACAACAGCCAGUAUCUUCCUGUCACUCGGAGCUCAAGUGUUGUUCCUUUAUCAUGCUAGAAACACGUUAAACACAGUAAAUUCACAUAGCAGGAGAUGCAGAGGCAGUUCAAGAGACGAGACUGACAGUCUACAUUGCCCUUAUUGAAUCAGCCUCUAUAAAGCCAAACAAGGCUACAUGUGCAGUAAACUAUAUUCAUGGUAAUUACAAUGUGCUUCACCAUUAUUUGGAGCCCUGUACUAAGCUUAGUGGACCUUUGGAAGCUGCCUUUGUCAUCGUGUGAAUAGAUCACAGCUGAUAGUGGAUUUUUGGGGGCUGAUUAAAUACAAAUGUAAGCUGUGGCAUGUAACUCUGUAGAGUCUGCAGAGUGUUGUAAACAAGGGAGUCUGGACAAACUAAAGAUGAUAUUGUUGCCAUUAAAUCACCUGUUAGUGCAUUAACACUCUAUAACCAACAGCUGUAUAUCUUAAUAUUAUCAGCAAACAUUUCAACAACCCUCUGAUGUAUUUGUCCAGUGUUAGUGAAUAGGUAGUUGUUUACCAUCAUGUGCUCAUUAGAAUAAUUUUCCAUGUCUUUGUUCUGCUGUGCUUUCUUCUCUAUUAUUUGCCCCUUUUAUUUAUCACCCUCCAUUAUUUGCAUGUGACUUGUUUUUCUCUCCUUAUAAUGUUUGCAAGUCAUGUUUGUUUAUGAUGUGUAAGAGUCUGGAUCACAUUUCUGCAUGGCAAGUGAGGUGUCAGAAAGUCACACACACACACACACACACACACACACACACACACACACACACACACACACACACACACACACACACACACAGGGAUAUUCUAUAUUUGUUAU